AUGUCGGACCAGCCCAAGCCCCUGCCCUUCGUCUACCAGUUCAUUGCUGGUGCCGUAGCCGGUGUCUCAGAGCUCCAGAGCUCAACCGCUACUGGUGAAGAGGCCUACAACAGCAUGGUCGACUGCUUCCGCAAGAUUGUUCGCAAUGAGGGUUUCUCGAGACUAUACAGAGGUAUUGAGGCUCCCAUUCUCAUGGAAGCUCCCAAGAGAGCAACCAAGUUCGCCGCAAACGACGAGUGGGGCAAGUUCUACCGUAAUCUCUUUGGCGUGCCCAAGAUGACCCAAAGUCUUUCCGUCCUUACUGGCGCUACUGCUGGUGCCACCGAGGCUUUCGUCGUCGUUCCUUUCGAGUUGGUCAAGAUCCGUCUGCAAGACAAGGCACAAUCACACAAGUACAACGGCCUAGUAGACUGUGUGCGCAAGGUCGUUCAGCAAGAGGGUGUUCUUACACUGUACCAAGGAUUGGAGAGCACCAUGUGGAGACACAUCCUGUGGAACGCUGGUUACUUUGGCUGUAUCUUCCAAGUCCGCGAACUGCUUCCCAAGGCCGAGAACAAGAACAUCCGAGCCUCCCAGAGCCUAGCCCCGAAGGCGUAA